AUGCCUGAGCCUACCAAGACAGCUCCUGCUCCCAACAAGAACUGCAAGAAUGCUGUCACCAAAACCCAAGAGAAGGGCUACAAGCAAUGUAAGAAUAGCAGAAAGGAGGGUUACUGCAUCCAUCAGUACAAGGUGCUGAAGCAGAUCCAUUAUGAGACUGGUAUCCUAACCAAGGCCAUGGGCACCAUGAACGCCUUUGUCAAUGACAUUACUGGAUGUAUCACUAGAAAACCAUGUUGUCUGGCACAUCAAAAGGAAUGCUUGACCGAGAGUUCCUGAGAGGCAGAGUCUGCCAUGCACUUGGAGCUGCCCAGGGAGCUGGCCAAGUGUGCCAUGCCCGAGGGCACCAAGGCUAUCAGGCAAAUACAGCAGCUCCAAGACCUAAAGUGUACUAUUGCCCAAGAACUUGGAUGUACUGGUGGAUGA